AUGAGUAACUACAUUCAAGUCAUUUUGGGUGGUUUGGAGAAGAAGGAAGUUGUAAAAGUAACAGCUUUGAAAGAAGGUGUAAACCUCGAUACAUCUAGUGCACUCGCAGCGAAAGUCAUCAGCGUGGUCGAAGUCGCCAAGAGGCAGUCAUCGGACGUUUAUCAGUAUACACGCCUAGUUGAGCAUCAAGAGGUUAGGUUGAACUUGUCAGCAAGUGAUAUUAUAAAUGGGAAGAGCCAGACAUCGAUACCACCACCGACAAUUGAAGUCAUUCUAAGCAAGCAAGCGUUAGAUAUCGAUAGUGAUUAUGUGUUAGUGGCUUACUUAGCGUGA